GGUUUUUAUGGUACAUCAAGAGCAGUAAACUUAAAACUAAAAGUAGCAUCUGUUUAUAAGGUCACCUCUUCAGUGGAGCAUUAUUGAAUAUUGUAUUUAUUUUGUACGAAGUAGCAGUGUUCUGUCAAUAGUGCUGCAAGUGGUGGAAGGAAAACAUAUCCUUUCGGAAGCAAAAAUGGGGCUGUUGAUUGUACAGCUGCAAGUCGUCUCUUUUGUUAAUUUUUAAUAUGCACCAAAGCAUUUAUGAAGGCUUCUGGCAAAUAACUUGUGCAUAUAAAAAGCAGGAUUUGUUGCUACGAGGUGAGCUAGAGUAUGUAAAUUUAUGUCAGCAGUACUACAGAAGCAUUGAACUAUUGAGCCUUGCUAAGUACGUUUUCACUUUUAAGUGUUGUGAUUUCAGAAAGAAGUUUGUGUAUGAUAUGCAUAGAAGCUUCAGUUUAGCGAUAUUAAUGCAGUAGAUGCUUCUAGUACUAUAACCAACCUUGAAAGCAGAAACAUCGCAAAUCUCAUAACAUACCUAGCUCAAUUCAAAUUUAAUUCAAUAGUAAAAUCAUUUUUGUGUCAAUAUCUGCUGGCAUGAUGACGUUGCUUGUGAUUUUUUACACUGUAUGUAGUAUUUUUUCCAUCUUUUCUUUACUAGGUGCAUGAUGGGAAAUAUCGAUAGACUCUGCCACUGCUCUUGGGUGGAGAAUGUUUUUCUGAACACCUGCUCUCUACUGUUCUUUCUUGAAUUUGUUGUGUUCUGGUACUUUGUGGUUAUCUUGCAUACUUUCAAUCGAUUCUCUCAGUGAUGUGCUUGGCACACCGUACGAUCUCCUUCAAUGAUGCUCACAUAUUGGUUUUUUGUAGGUCUUUGCAUAUUCAUUUCUUAGAGCCUCUAUCGAUGCUAAUUUGGCUUGGCAUUCCAAGAUUGUGUGAUCUCUUGUACUUACAAAGUUGAAUAUUGCAAGCAUUACUGUUAGUAUAACUUCUUGAAAGGUAAGUAAUUGUCAAAAAGUACUAUUUGAUUCUUCUUAGCAUGUCUUAAAUUGUCGUCUUAUUCUGUUUUUCACUUUGUCAUACUUGGUGUUACUUAAUUUAUGCAUCCUCUUAGCCUGUUAAUGUCAGUGCUGAACUAAUAACUGGCUUUCUUUAUUGCUUAUGGUGAGAGCAUACCAAGCACAUGUCUCUAUAUGUCUCUAUAGAGCUAAUAUAGAAGGCUGACUAGAUGUACUUCGUUGCUGGUUGCCAUCAAGUCUUCUUGAUUGAAGUAGUGUGCAUCAACAUUAUUCUAAUUUGUUCUACGUUUCAUAAAUACAGUUACAGUGGCUUCAAUGUCAUACGUGUGAGUCGCAAAAACACUUGUGUGCUUCAACAUGCUAAGAUAUUUCAGGCUCUUCGAAAUUAACUUAGAUUUUCUUGCUACGGAAUCACUCAUUAUAGUCAAAUGCUUUGCCCUUUUAAACUCCCAAGCUUGUGUUGGUUUUGAGUAACCUGCCAUCUUUUCUUUACGCAGCUAUGGGAGCGUCUCAUCCAUCCAGCAACUACAGAUUCUGAGAAGUCGCAUAGGGGACUUGUCCACCAGUGUAACUUCAGUGACAAUGAGACUGAUCAGUCAUGACACCUCUCAUCAGGGUUCACAUAGUGAGCAGCAUGCGCACCGCGCUGUAUGCCAGCUGCCCGGAAAAAAUUGCUCGGGCGGUCCCGGGCCGCCCGCAGGCUGCCAGGCACGCAAAAAACGAACAUGCGUCCGAGCGAUCCCGGACCAGUAGGCGGAACUUCCAGUUGGUGCCCGAGAAAAACAAAUGCGGCGCCGGCGUCCGGGGCCAUCCAGAGCCGUCCGUGACGUCUUCGGAGUAUGUCAUCAAUCCAGGAACGGUGGAUGCUGAAAAGUCGCAUCGGCAACACCAUCAUCGCUGCAACAUUUGUGGCUACACGACCGAUAAAUCGUUUUGCGUUAAACAUCAUGCAAGGGUUCAUACAGGCGAGCGGCCUCAUCAGUGCCACUUGUGCUCGAACAGCUUCAAUCGGAAGUCCACAUUGAAUAAACAUCUUCGCACCCACACCGGCGAGCGGCCGUAUAAAUGCCACUUGUGCCCUCAAAGCUUCUCUCAAAAACCCAACUUGGAUGUUCACCUGAGAGUCCACACGGGUGUGCGGCCACAUAAAUGCCCUGCAUGCACGCAAGAAUUCUCGCAAAAGCACAAACUGAAGCAGCAUAUGCGCAUCCACACAGGCGAGAAGCCGUACAAAUGCCAUGUGUGCUGCCAAUGCUUCGCUCGACGAUACAGCUUGAAUGUUCACCUGCGUGUCCACACGGGCGAGCGGCCGCAUAAGUGCCCGUCAUGCCCCCGGACAUACAAGCAGAGUGCCCACCUCAGACAGCACCUACGUCGGCAUGAAUGCCAGUAUGUGAUUGAGCCUACGGAGCUGAACACAUCAGCCAAUGCUGGCCGUCGCAAGCCACUGCAAGCGACUAAGCGUAAGCAGAUAUCCCUGAAAGACAAGCUUGACAUGAUUGAGCAAGUUGAAAAAGGAAGAAAGCGGGUGGACGUCGCCGUAGCUUAUGGCUUGUCCAAGCAGACGGUCAAUACCAUUCUCAAGAGCAAAGCGACAAUCUUGUCGAAGAAGGUAUUAGGUGACUUACAACCCAAGAGGUUUCGGCUCCGUGAAGCUUCAUAUCCUGACGUCGAAGAGACCCUGCUGAUGUGGCUUCCUGACGCCCGUUCGAGAAAUAUUCCUGUAAACGGACUUGACUGCACAGACCCCUCACCACUGGAAGGCCAACCAGAUCCCAGUGUCUGGUCAGCUGUCGAGGAGGCCCUUGGGAGCCAGCAGUUUUCCAAUUAUGUAACUGUGGAUGAUGACCUUGUCACCUCAGAGCAGCUGACAGAUGAAGAAAUUGUUGCCCGAAUUCGCAGUGUGCCAAAUGCACGGCAGCAGGAUGAAGACGAAAAUGAAGACGGCACUUCAGAGACUCUUGACUGUUCACCUGCGUCUUCACACUGCACAGUGUACAUACACACAGGCGAGCGGCCGCAUAAAUGCCACUUGUGCCCCAAUAGUUUUUUUGAUAAGCACACAUUGAAUAGACACCUUGUAUCCCACACAGGCGAGCAGCUAUAUAAAUGCCAUAUCUGCUCCCAAAGCUUCUCUCAGAAAUCCACUUUGACUGGUCACUUGCGUGUUCAUACGGGUGAGCGCCCGUAUGAAUGCCACAUCUGCUCCCGAAGCUUCUCCCACAAAUGCAACUUGAAGGUUCACCUACGUGUUCACACGGGUGAGCGGCCGUAUAAUUGCCACAUCUGCUCCCGAAGCUUCUCCCACAAAGCGACCUUGAAUAGGCACUUGCGUGUUCACAUGGGUGAGAAGCCAUUUAAGUCCCUUCAUGCCUAGAAAAGUUCACACAAAGGCUCCAUCUGAACAGGCACAUGUGCAUCCACAUGGGGGAGCGGCUGUAUAAAUGCCACUUGUGUCCCCAGAGCUGCUUUGAAAAACGCACAUUGAAUGAACACCUCCAAACACAUAGGUAAUAUAGAUGCCUUUCAUGACCGCAAGAAUCCUCACUUGCAUCUCAUAUGAAUGAAAAGGCACAUUCACGCUUGUGCGGGCUUGCGGCCACUUGAAUGCCGUCCAUUUUCCCUAGGGUUCUCAACAAAGUGCAAUCUGAAGAGGCACAUGCCUACCUAGGUAUGCGGGGAAGUGGCCAUAAAUGGCUUCUUGCCCUACAAUAUAUAAUCAAAGUGACCACCUUGAAAGAAAGACACCAGCAUCAGCAUGAUCACAAGUAACCAUCUUCGAGAAGGUUCUGGUGUCUGUGCUGUCCUUAUUUUUUUUUCGUAAAGGCACUUCCGACAGUAACUCUAUAUCACUGUGACAGCGCAGAGCUAUAUGGCAUAAUUAAGUUUUAUUAUGCAGUUGCAUAGUUAUGUGGAGUCUGUCAUGUUGUGUAAUUUAUGUAACGUGAUUCUAUGUGACUUUUUAUUCUCAGGUGUCGACAUUUUUGUAAGAAGCAUGUGUGUGUGUGUACAUGUGUUAAACUAAGAACAGCACGUAUGCCUUGUUAUGUGGGAGCUAAGUGGCCUUUUUUUUAACGAAGGAAAUUGACAGUUCAUGCAGUAAUGUUAGCAACCUUUUGUUGGUCUCUGCUUUGGCCAUUUCUUUUUGUAAUUACUCUAGAGUCUAGAGCACUCAAUUUCUCUUUUAUGAUGUGGUUAAAAAAUUACCCUUUAAUGACCCUUGUAUACACGAGCUAUGAAAAACUGUGUGAAGGCAUUAAACUUAAGACGUUUUAUAUCGAGGAGCUCAUUACUAUAUUUACCACUUUUAAUUCAGACUAGGUUUCUCUGUUCCUGCUUGCCGAUUUGGUCGUCAAUGAGUGACCUUUUGGGGAAGAACUUAUUAAGAAAACUCCCUGUGCUCACUGAUACUGCCAAUGUAUCAUGCUAGAAACGCAAGUUAGUCAGCUCGUAAGAAUUGACUUAGUCUCUUUGUGAAAUGUUGCUUUUCGUUAGACGCUGUGCCUGUGAUACCACUGCCACAUUCGUGUUACUGUUGCAUUUUGUUUAGUUGCUUUCUUAAGGAGAAGAUGUGGCUUUUUCAUUUUGUGAUUUUUAGUUUUGUUACCUCUGUUCUCAUAAAUGUGAUAGUUCUCGCAGGUUGUUCGUUAUUGUGUAUUUUUCAUGACGUUUUAGCGUUUUCAUUUUGGCCCUGUAAAAACGGAUUGUUGCACUAAUAAACAGUCUCUC